UCGUUAUUGGCAAUGACGCAGAUGUGCGAAUCGAGAGCGCACUUGGGAAUUAUCCAUUAUUCAGUAAUCUCAUAAGUUAGGCGGAAUUAGCAGGAAUUAGCGAACGAAUGCUGAUACAACAAGAUCAGACCACCGAAGAUGAUGAACGCGACCGACCCGAUCAAAAUUUACAUCAGAACUUUCAAUUUUAUAAGGUCAUGAUCAACAUAGCCAAACUCUGAUACCUCCCUAUUCUUUUAUUUCUAUCUAUAACUUGCAGCAAUUCGACGUGCAUCUGAUGCUGCAGUUUCGAUACCUACACAAACGACCGCACGACGACGGAAGUUUUCGGACAUAGCCUUUUAUUUGACGCAGAUUGGACGCAUGGUGGACAGUCCGCCCACAACUUGAUCUGAAGAUCUCGAUCGUCGUGGACGAACGUACCUCAGCCAUCAUAGAAAAUAGCAUGAAAGACCUGCUGAUCUCUAUCAACUCUCACGGCAUGAUGUUGAACACAAGAGCUUUCCAAACGCCAUCAACAUCCUCUCAGUGAGAAUAGAGAAGGAUAAAGAUCCCGAUUGUUCAGUCGAUAACAUCAAGCAGCACCCUAUCCUCCAAGUCCUUUACGCAUAAGUCAACUCUCGCGAAGUUGCACAACUUCACAACAAUGACAACGCAGAAGAUUGCUCAAAGUACAAGCGUAAUAGAACAGUGUUCUCCAUAUUGUUCAUCAUAUUUAACAUUUUUUACUGGUCAUUUAUAUGGAUAUAAAAUUAUAAAAUUUCAACGAUGAAGACUAAGGACGGAAAGCUAACUAAGGAAGGAAUAAUCAUACGAAAUAGCAAGCAAAAACAACGAAUCGUUAAAAUGUCCGAUGACGACUACGAUGACGACUAUAUUUUCUCGCCGCCCUCGAUACGUUUCCGUGUCAAGUGAAAAGAUAUCGAGGAAGGAUCAUUCUUAAAGAGAUACGAUCGGCGGAGCGUGUUCGCCCGCGACUUUACGAGAGCGGAUAUUCGAGAAACUACGGAUUCUGCCGAUGCAAUCAAUAAUCCAUAACUCGCUAGUAUUUGGAGGUCAGAGUGGAUCGGUACGUUCGUGUGUCGAGCAUCUUGUCGACAUCAGUCAUUCAGCACCACUUGAUCUUAAACUUACAUUGCACUUUACGACGGCGCAUAGAAUUAUCGUGACACAAGAAUGACCCAAUACAGCAGCGGUAGCAGCAGCAGUAACAGUAGCACCUGCCGAAAUGACUUUAAGGAUCGCGGAGCUCGAGUACUGGAGGAGAAACUCAUGGUCGCUGUGCGUAUUCGACCAUUGGCGCCCACUGAGAGCGGCACCAGGUCCUUGCACGCUGUCAACGACAAGAUGGUGAUGUUGGAAGACCAGGACAGCGACAAGCAGAAGCGCGCAGUGCCACGGCAAUACCUCUACGACAUAAUCUUCGGCGAAGAUUCCACCCAGGAGAAGGUUUACGAAGGUACCGCGAAGACCUUGGCGCAGGACGUCCUGAACGGCUACAACGCCACCGUGUUCGCCUACGGUGCGACAGGCUCGGGGAAAACGCACACAAUGGUAGGAACAUCAUCGAAUCCUGGAAUCAUGGUGCGCGCUUUGAACGACAUUUUUCUGGCCGCCCAAAAAUUGCCGGACAACACAGAAUUCACGGUGACGAUGUCGUAUAUGGAAAUUUACAACGAGAACAUACGCGACCUUCUCAAUCCUAGCUCGGGCUAUUUGGAUUUACGUGACGACACUCGCGGUCGCAAUGUCCAGGUCUCAGGACUGACGGAAGUUUCCACCAAUUCGACUGAGGAGGUGAUGCAGCUGUUGCACCGAGGCAACAAAGCGAGGACGAUGGAACCGACCGCCGCGAACAAAACCUCGUCGCGAAGCCAUGCUCUCCUCAGCGUCACGGUGCGACAAUCCUCUCGGCCGGUUCAGGACGGCGAUCAACGUCUGCGAAACCGGGUGAAACAAGGCAGGCUGUUCAUGAUCGAUCUCGCCGGGUCCGAACGAGCGAAACAGACCAAGAACAAAGGUAAGAGACUUCAAGAAGGCGCGCACAUCAAUCGAUCUCUUUUGGCGCUGGGUAACUGUAUCAACGCUCUGUCCGGUGGUGCACGAUAUGUGAAUUACCGUGACUCCAAGCUCACCAGGUUGCUGAAGGACGCUCUCAGUGGCAAUUGCCGAACCGUCAUGAUCGCGCACGUAUCGCCGGCGAGCGCGCACCGAGACGAGAGCAAGAACACCCUGAUCUAUGCGGAUCGCGCUAACAAGAUCUCCAAUAAGGUCGAGCGGAACGUUUUGGACGUCAGUUACCUGCACGUCGCGCAGUAUCGCGAUAUAAUCAGCGAUCUGAAGAGCGAGAUCUCUCGGCUGCGAAACAAGAUGAAGGAGGAAAGGCCGAAGAAGGUGGAGGAGAAGGAACCAGAAAAACACGACAACGAUUUCAGAUCACUGAGGGAAAAGAUCGUGUCCGCCUUUAAAGAGCAGAUGCGUCUGAGAAGGAAACUGAUGGAACUGGACAGUCAUUUGCUGGGCUUGAAUAUCGCGGCUGAGCAGCAACAUUCCAUAAUCUCGCACUGGGAGUCGAGAAACAAUAGAGUCUAUGGAAAAAGUCGGGAUUCCAGCAUGCGACGUCCCGACACCGAUUACCAAGUAGACGAAGUGGAUGAUAUGGAUCUCUUGGAGGACACGGAUCUGGAGGACGAUGUUGCAGUGCAGCAAGCAUGGACAGAACUAACGGAGAUCACGAGAGAGCAGGAGAGGUACGCGGAGGUGCGCGCCGCCGCGGAAAAGGAGCUCGAGUCUUGCCGAAAACGCAGUGCGAUGCUCGAAGAUGAAUUACCGUCGCGUAUCAACUCAGACGAGGAACGCGAAUUGUUGGCGCUGAUGUUGCGCGUCCACGAGUUGGAGGCAGACAAGAUGAUGCUGCAGAGCGAGAGAUUGGUGAAGCAACAUGAGCUGAGACGUCGCGAGUUGCUGUUGCUUCGCUAUGAUCGACAAAGGCAGAUCUCUGAUGAGAUUAUUACCAGACAACGACGAAUCAUGGAAGAUGGUCGUUUAACAUUGCCGCCCGAUCUGCAGAAUCUGUACGCCAUGUAUCAGCAGGAGAUCCAAGUCGCGACGUACGUCGAUAGCAGCCUCGGCGAUCUCGUGUCGCCGAUCACGUCGUUUAGCCGUGGGAAAUUGCCGCCUAUAUCCAGCCGGUUGAGUUAUGACAAUCUCAACAGUGACAUGAGAAUAGCCAGCAGUUCGACGGAUUCCGACUGGGAGUCACCGCUCCCGCCGAUUCAAGAGCCGCCCGAAGUAGAACACGUGAUGGGGCCGGUGGUGCAGCCCUUAAUUUCUCCGGCCGCACUGUUCCCACCGAUAUCAGCGGCCAACCCGCGAAACCACGACAAGAAGCUACGUCGAGUAGCGAGCGACGACAGCAUCGACUCAGUGCGAUUUGUGCAUAACAGUGGCGGAGACGGCCGCUACGCCGCUUUCCGAAGGAUCGACGACCGCGGAAAAGCCAGUUGAGAUUAAUGUUGAAACGUUCCCGUCGUCUCUCACGAGCGCUUUUAUGCAACUUGGGCAUUGCUUGGACGUUGCUUUGAAUUUGAGCGAUCUCGGGGAUACGUCUGAGCGCCAUUGUGUCUUCACCGUUCUCUUCAAAAAUAUUUUCACUCGUGGACGGGCUGUCGAUGACAAUGCGACUGCUGCGCAAACGUCUACGCAAUAUCGUCGCGUCGACUUGAGGCUUGGCGACAUCGCGUACAAGGCUCUUAAUGCGAUGCUUCUCACGAAAAUCUUUUGCAACAUCCGGAGUCUUACGAACACGUCGCGCACGUCGACGGGAUUCGUCGGCUGUACGGACAUCGCGCUUUCGCAAACGUCUAAUCGUGUCGAUUCCGGAUGUUUUGCUCAGACUCAACAACUGAAAAGUAUUGUUAACAAUAAAUACCGAUCGUUAUUUGGCUAUGUACCUUUGAUUCGUUGUCGAAACAAUAAUCGCGUCCGAAUCAUCCGAAUAUCGACAGCGAGUAUUAACAAAUCGACGAAUAUUCUGGCUUAUCGACAUAAUCUCGUCGGAUUGUGCAAGAUUCUUUUUGAUGUAUGUGUGAGCGCUUUUUAGAAAUUAACGUAUCGCAUAGCGUAUGAAGACUGCUGCUAUAUAAUUACGCAUAAUAUGUGCGUAACUUUUAUAAACAUGCGGAGGAUGGCUUACCGCGAGCCUGGAGGCGGACACAUCCGAGUCUGUUCGUCGUGCCAGCAUAGAUGCCCUCCGCUGUAGAAUACCAGUCUCGACCUCGUUGGAGUCGUCGGCCUUCAACACCAGGACGCUAUCGUCCUCGUUCACCUGCGACGUCGGAUCCAAACCAAUGGAAUCGUCGUGCGUCGUCCAUUCGUCCAGACGCGCGUCCCAUUGCUUCUUCCAUUCGCCCCAAUAAAAUUUAGACUUGCCGAAUAUCAAGGGAUCCACGAAAAGUGUGCACCGUCUCCACAGCUGCGCUAUCGGAGCAGAAAAUGAUUAUACUCUCUACUUACAAAUAUAACAAAUUCAUUCCUAACGUAAUCCGUAUGUGACUCUUGAGAUCUUUGAAAUUCCAAUUAUUUUGAAAUAAACUAUAUCGAUUAAAUUCGA